ACAGAGUACAUUCUAAGAAGAAUCACCCGUGAUAUCUCAGUGCCAUCGUUCCCAACUCCUGGUCAAAAUGUUACAAUUGUUAAUUGUUGUUUUAAUACACCGAAUUGAGAAGAAUCCAUCUAUUGGACAUCCUAGGCAUCAUACUCCUCCAAGUAGUGGUACAUAUGAUCAAAUUUCCUAUCAUACCUAUUUCCAAGGAUCUGGUGUUUUAAAAAACGGAAAAUGGAUAUUAUUCAUACUUUUCUUUUGCUUGUUGACUCAAUAUACAACGGCCAUGUAUUGUCCAGAAAGUAGAGAAACAGUCACAAUUGUUUCAUCCUGUCCUCUAAAUGAAAAUGAUUGGAAUAUGAAAGCAAAAGAAAUGUCUUGUGAAGGCAAAGAACAGUCAUGCUGCCCUAAAGAAAAAUAUACCUACCACUGUCUAGUGAAUGAUUUUCUUAACAACACAGUAGAAUUUUGUGCACCAAAAAUGAGACUAAAUUAUUGUGCCCAAUACACUUUUUAUGGAGCAAGGAUUCAAAAGAAUCUAUAUACAAAUUGCACAAAUAAUUCAAUUGAUUGCAAAGGAUUUUACGAAUCAAAUACAGCUUAUAAAAAGUCAAAAUGUUUUAAGCUGCGAUCAUCGCAAGAAGAUGAAGAAAGCGAAUCAACAACACAAACAGAAGAAAAGAAACCAGAAACAAACCAUUUUUUUUUAAACGAUGGUUUAAACGAUGGUCACAUUAUUGGCAUAGCUGCUUGUGUAGCGAUACUGAUCUUGGUAUUCAUAGUUCUCCUCAAACACAGAAAAAAUGUAAAACAAGCAAUUUGUCGGAAGGAUGCCUUGGCUAAUCAGAAUGAAAUAGAGAUAACUAACAAAUUUCUAAAAGAAAAAACAGAGGAAGACAUUGAAAGUGAACACUUAAAAGAAAAUGGAAAUCUUCAAAAAUUUCUAUGAAAUAAAAGGAAUUCAAAUGUUAUCAG